ACAGAUCUCUAUGAACACAAAUUCAUCAACUGUAGGCUCAUAAACAGCACGUUUAUGAACGAGAAGGAAGGCUGCCACCUGGACUUUGAGGAGGACAAUGAUUUCCUGAUCUACCUGGUCAGCUUCCUGGGCAGCCUGUCUGUGCUGCCAGGCAACAUCAUCUCUGCAUUACUCAUGGACAAAAUAGGGAGGAUAAAGAUGAUUGGUGGCUCGAUGUUGAUCUCAGCAGUGUGCUGCUUCUUCCUCUUCUUCGGCAACAGUGAGUCGGCAAUGAUCGGCUGGCAGUGCCUCUUCUGUGGGGCCAGCAUUGCUGCCUGGAAUGCCCUGGAUGUGAUCACUGUGGAGCUCUACCCCACUGACAAAAGGGCAACAGCCUUUGGCAUCCUCAAUGGUCUUUGCAAGUUUGGUGCCAUCCUGGGGAACUCAAUUUUUGCCUCCUUUGUAGGGAUAACCAAGGUGGUUCCCAUCCUUCUGGCUUCCUCUGCUCUGGUUGGAGGUGGCCUGCUCGCUUUGCGCCUGCCAGAGACUCGAGAACAGGUCCUAAUGUGA